CUUGUGCAAUAUAUAUAAUGGACGGAUAUAUGUCGGAGACUUAUACAAUAUCAUAAUGUACCGAUGUUUAAAGAACCGAUGUAGAAUGCACCCAGUACUACAAUCUAAUAAUUGAAGAAUGAAACGAAUAAUGCGAACCAAAAGAACCAAUAUCAUGGCAUACCAAUAUCAAGAUCAAAAUAUCAAUCCACGCUAUGUCUGAAUACCUCCACCACCUCUGCGAAACCCUCUACGAUGAAAUGACAAUAAAAUCCACAAAACUAGCCCAAGAUCCCCUCUGGAACAGUCUCACCACCUCACCCACACCAAUCCUCCAACUCAAUCCCCAGCCAGAUAGCCUCUUCCUCGCAUCUCUCCUCCGCGAAUACCCCUCCCUCCACGGCGGGGUCUAUGGACAAGCACAGAUCAUCGAAAAAGUCCGGCCAUCGUUUACCUCGCACGGACGAUUCGCCGAUCUAAGCCACCGAGUCACAGCGGAGAAUGUGGUGAUCGGGGACUUGAUGAAGGGUGUUCCGGUUGGUGUAUAUGUUGUUGUUGGCGCGGGGGGGCAGGGGGUGGAAUGACGCGGAGAUGGUGGUGAUCCUGCGGAGGAUACGAGAUGCAGUGCAGGAUGGAGUGAAAGGUCGAUUGAUUGUGCUGGUGGAAGUGAUGGAUGGAGGAUGGGAGGGGGAGAAAUGGGUGCGGUUGGCGGAUAUGGCCGGAUGGGAGGUGGUGGAGAGUCGGUCGUUGAGGAGUGUUUGGAUGAGGGCGUUGAUCUGCGGUAGGGGGUAAUUAUCUAUCUAUCUGUUUCAUUAAUAGAUCGUUUAUCUAUAUUUAUGUAUCAUUGUUCU